GCAUUGCAAGGCAAUGGCUUGAGAAUGCAUUAAGUGUUCGUGGCCAUACUUGGGUUGCCCAGAGAUCAUAGAAGUUGCGAGUGGUUAAAGAAGCCAGACCAUGCACGGCCACGAUGAGCCAGAUCCUGGCAAGAGGCAGCCUCAAGUUGAGCCUUCGCAAGAACCGAGCGCGUCUGCUGGAGAGGGAAUCCGGAUCGACUAUGACAGCGGUUGGGCAGACAGGCUAUUUGAUUUCAUGGACUCGCGGAACUCGGCUGAAUACAACGUCACCGCGAGGGCAGGGCAGCAGCUUCAGUGGCAAGUGAAUGGCGGACCUGGCGAGCUUCAAAGCACUCCGAGCCCGGAGCAGUUUCCCUUGCUGAUAGAGAAGAAGGAAGCAGGGGAAGCAGUGGACGUCCCGAGGGCUGCCACUGCAGACGACUGCGAGAGACAAUUGAAGGACCUGAAAGACCAUCCAAAAGCCCGGACAAAACCACAGUACGAAAAAUACAUCGGAGCCGCCAGGAGUCUCUUGCUAUGCGAGAAAGCGUAUCUACCGACCACAGAGGGUUCACUCCCCUUCGAAGAAGUGGUGAAAGAGCUGAGCGCCAAGGGCGUGGCAAACCUUGGGGCUCUCCUCUCCAAGCUGAUGCCAGAGAUUAACGAGAUGGAUGGGACAUGUGCGCAACGGCUUCUGGAGAAGAUAAUCGAAGAAGUGGGGAGCGAAAAGACCUCGCCGAAAAUAGAACGAAUGUAUGACAAGCAGAAGAAAGGCUGCUACAAGAAGGUUUGUGCGCGCACGCUAGCAGAUGCCAAGAACCAACUCAGGAAGAUCUGCAGCUCCAACCAAGGGGAUCAAGAUGAAUCGAAGACUCUCCGAUUGACAUCUGAGACGUUGGAGGCGUAUUGCUCCCUUCUGGAGCUCUACCGUCCGGAGGACCCACAGGCGGAGGACCCACAGGCCACAGAGGCAAAGAUCACACUCAAUUGGUGGUUGGGCGAGAUCCUCGCAGAGACGCCGGGAGACAGAUCCGACAGCUUGCCCAACAAGCUUACCAGGAAGCGAGACAAUCCGAAGAUGUUCGUCAAAAAGAAGGAUGACAAGGACGCAGCAUAUUUCUUCAAAGCGGCUAUUGAGGAGUACGAAGCGGCCAUUGAGAAGCACAAGCAAGCUGCGUCAGGGAAUCUAGGGGAUGUGGCUGAAACUGCAGACGCAGAUGUGCGUUUCUGGGCUGGCGAGGACCAGUACUCGAGGAUGACGGCCUGCUACCACAGUUACGCAGUGGCGCUGAUCAAGCGGCUGAAAGCCGCAGAAACAGAGCCAGCCAAAGAGGCAAGAACAACAGAUUGGACAAGUGGUUGGACAAGUGUAAAAGUUGCCUGCGAACGUGCCAAACUGGGUUGGGAGAAGAUGCCACCACACGGCGCAGUGGUUACACAAGUGUACAAGGAGGAACAAAUGAUCAAGGCCUACGCGACCAUGGCCUUGGCGUGCAUGCAGCUCUUUAUCUUGAACCCCAACUCCACGAACGAGGAAAAUGCGAUACGCUGCUGUAAGGGGCUCCUUACAGAGUUAGAGAAGCAGCCACAACAUCAAAAGAUGUUUUUCCAGGUUUGCGGGGAUCUUGCAUAUUUACACGGCAGAAAGCAACACUGGGAAGAAGCGUGGCAGUUCUGCAGCAAAGCGCAAGAGGCGGCAAAGGAGUUUGAAAAGGAUGCGCUGCUUCCUGCAGCAGAAAGGGCCCAUCUUUCUCGUCACUAUUUGAACUGCGGCGUUGUCCUCGUCAGCCUCAGCCGCGAGGUCAAAGAAUUGGAGGAGGCGAAGUCAUAUUUUGAAAUGGGCGUGGAUGACAGCCUCACGUGCAGGUAUCAUUUGGCCAAGGUGUUGCUGGAGCUGCCCGAGCCCGCCUUGCCAAUCAUCCAAGAACAUUUCAAGGCUUACUUGACCGGACGGCUGAAAGAGCUACAGGGAGAGAAGAUCGACGACGCGCGCUGUCUUGAAGAGCGAGCGAAUGAAAGCCGCGAGGAGGCGUCUGCUGGAGAGGGAAUCCGGAUCGACUAUGACAGCGGUUGGGCAGACAGGCUAUUUGAUUUCAUGGCCUCGCGGAACUCGGCUGAAUACAACGUCACCGCGAGGGCAGGGCAGCAGCUUCAGUGGCAAGUGAAUGGCGGACCUGGCGAGCUUCAAAGCACUCCGAGCCCGGAGCAGUUUCCCUUGCUGAUAGAGAAGAAGGAUUGGCAAGGGAAGCUUCUGUGCGAUCGUGCGAACGAGUACGCUUCCUUCGUUGCUUCCAAAGAUGAGUUCGCCGAAGACGCAAAGCAAGAAGCAAUUGAGCUCCGCGAUAAGAUCCAUACGGUUCUGCGGGGGUGUUGCGAAGAGAAGGGCGCAGAUAAGGCCGAAGAGAAAGCCAACGAUGCCCCAGAUUGCCCCGUGUCAGAGUGACGUGAGCCAUUUGGCCUGGCAGACUCCAGUGGCCCGGGGACAGCGCCCGAGGGUGUCAUCAUUCAACCUCUUGGUGCACUCGCGCGCAGCUCCAUGCCGAAUGUAGCCUGAAAACAAAUGCAAAUGUCCCA